AUAUAUAUUUAUAAUCCGCAUCAUGGUGCUCGUCCUGUUCGGCACUGAGCUGAGUCCGGGCGUGCGCGCUGUGCUGCUCACGUUGCGCGCCCUGGAGCUGGAGCACGAGUUCUGGCACUUGGAUCUGUUUGCCGGGGAGCACCUGGAGCCGUAUUUUGUGCGCAAGAAUCCGCAGCGCACGGUGCCGGUGCUGCAGGAUAACGAUGCGUGCAUCUGGGACUCGCAUGCCAUCAUGGGCUAUCUGGUUGGCAAAUAUGCCUUCACCGAUGUCCUGUAUCCACGCGAUCCGCUGAAGCGCGCCCUGGUGGACCAGCGAUUGCACUUCGAUUCGGGCAUUUUGUUUGUGCUCUUCAAGCAGCUGCAGCACCUGAUCUUCCAGGAGGAGGUGACGGAGCUGCCAAACGCCUUGAUCGAGCAGCUGCACAAGGCCUACGAUCUGCUCGAGCAGUUUCUGGACGGACGCAACUAUUUGGCCGGACAACUGCUGACCAUAGCGGACUUUAGCAUCGUCGCGACCCUCAGCACUCUGCACCUGAGCUAUGCGCCCGUCGAGGCGGCCAAGUAUCCCAAAUUGAGCGACUGGCUGACACGAAUCUCCGAUAUACCGUACUACGAGUCCGCGAAUCUGCGCGGCGCCCGCCAAAUGGCUGAGAUGGUGCGCGCCAAGCUGCCCAAGCAGUUCGACAAGCUCUGGCUGAAGGCCUUCGAGGAGAUCAAGAGCGGUGCGGGCAGGCAGCCACUGAAGUAAAUAACCACCGAAACGAACGCACCGCAGCUUAUGAUACUUUAUUUUGUGCUUAAUUUAGGAAAGGAUUUGAAUAUAUUUAUCAAAUUUCAUCCUUGCUUCGCUCCUAUUAAGUCAGCUUUUUGAAAAACUUUUCUUAACUUUUUGCGCUCAUUAAAAU